AUGGUUCAGACAGCUUAUGUCCUAAAGGUCAAGCGUUGUCAGGGUGGGCUUCAUAAAGCUGAUGCUCAUGAGAAUGUUCAGCAUGGUUUUGAUGUUGAUUCCAGCGUGUAUGUGUUUCAGAAAAUCGUCAAGGCUGGAGACAAAGACUUGGAUGGUCAGUUGGACUUUGAGGAGUUUGUGCACUACCUGAGGGACCAUGAGAAGAAACUGAGGCUGGUCUUCAAGAGCCUUGACAAAAAGAACGAUGGUCGCAUAGAUUCACAGGAGAUCAUGCAGUCACUAAGAGACCUCGGGGUUCAUAUAUCUGAGGAACAGGCUGAAAAGAUCCUCAAGAGUAUGGAUAAAAAAGGUACGAUGACGAUUAAUUGGAAUGAAUGGAGAGAUUACCAUCUGCUUCAUCCUGCUGACAACAUUCCUGAAAUCAUCCUCUACUGGAAACACUCUACGAUAUUUGAUGUAGGGGAAAGUAUGUUGGUCCCUGAUGAGUUUACGGCAGAGGAGAAGAAAACGGGGAUGUUGUGGCGACACCUGGUAGCAGGAGGUGGAGCUGGUGCAGUGUCCCGUACUUGCACCGCACCCCUGGACCGCCUUAAGGUUCUCAUGCAGGUUCAUGCGUCACGCAGCAACUUCAUGGGCAUCGCCGGAGGAUUCGCCCAAAUGAUCCGUGAGGGUGGACUUCGGUCGCUGUGGCGAGGGAACGGUAUCAACGUUUUGAAGAUCGCGCCUGAAUCUGCUAUCAAGUUCAUGGCGUAUGAGCAGGUCUCAUGA